UUCUCAGAGGCUACAGAAGAGAUGGAGCAGGUGCUGCAGAUGAGGGACACGCAAUUGCCUUCAUCAGAGAGCUUGACAGAGAUUCUGGACAUGAGAUCAGAAACGCCUGGAGUGAGUGAGAAUCAGAGAGAAGCUCAGAGAACGUACCUGCUUACUAUAUGCAUUAAGGAGGGACGUGGACUGGUCAUUAGAGACCGCUGUGGCACAAGUGAUCCAUAUGUGAAAUUCAAACUGGAUGGGAAGACUGUAUAUAAAAGUAAAGUGGUGUAUAAGAAUCUCAACCCUAAAUGGAAUGAGUCCUUCGCCUUCCCAAUCCGCAACCUGGAUCAGAAACUCUUCAUUAAGGUUUACGAUCGAGAUCUGACAACGGAUGACUUCAUGGGAUCCUGCUGUGUUGUCCUCAGUAAACUGGAACUUGAAAAGAACAGUGAGAUGGAGCUACCACUCGAUGACCCCAACAGCUUGGAGGAUGAUAUGGGUGUCAUAGUCAUAGAUGUCUGUUUAUCUGUGAGAGAUGACAUAAACAAAAAACAUAGGAGGGUGCAGAGGAAAAAAAGGAGCUUUACGGGAAGUACAGAGCAAAACAGGCAUCUCGCAGACUCUCUGAAGAAAAGUCAGCAGUGGACUGGUAUCUACACCAUCACCCUGGUUGAGGGCCAGGACCUACCAGUGGACGGACAGGGGGACGUGUUUGUUCGCUUUAAACUAGGAGAUCAGAAAUAUAAAAGCAAGAGCCAAGAUAAGAAGGUCAACAUACAGUGGAGAGAAAGGUUUGACUUCAACCAGUUCCCUGACGCAUCAAGUCUUCUCAAGAUAGAAGUUGUGGGGAAAGAAGGACGGAGAUAUGAGGAUUGUUACGGACAUUGUGAGGUGGAUAUGUCAGGGUUGCCAUUGAACGAGUCCACGCUGUUUAAGUCUGAGCUGGACUCGUGCAGAGGCAGAGUGGUGUUCCUCGUCACUCCCACUCCUUGCACAGGAGUUUCCAUCAUGGAUCUCAUUGCCCCGCCACUGGAAGAGCCUCACGAGAGAGACAACAUGCUGGUUAAAUACAGUUUCAGGAACUCAUUGAAGGACAUGAGAGAUGUUGGUUUUCUUCAGGUUAAAGUGAUCAAGGCCGCUGACCUGAUGGCUGCUGAUCUGAAUGGAAAGAGUGAUCCAUUUUGCGUUUUAGAAUUGGGAAACAACAGACUGCAGACCCAUACCAUCUACAAAACCCUCAACCCUGAGUGGAAUAAAGUCUUCACUUUCCCAGUAAAAGACAUUCAUGAAGUUCUGGAAGUGACUGUGUUUGAUGAGGAUGGAGACAAAGCUCCAGAUUUCUUGGGGAAGGUGGCCAUUCCUUUACUCUUGAUACAUAAUGGGCAGCAGGCUGCUUGUCCUCUGAGGAAAGAGAAUUUGGGAGGAAUAUCUAAAGGGACCAUAUUACUGGAGCUUGAAGUUAUCUUCAAUCCUGUCAAAGCAAGCAUUAGGACAUUCAAGCCUAGAGAACAGAAGUUUCUUGAGGACAAUGCCAAAUUUUCAAAGAAGGUCCUUGCCCGGAACGUUCUUCGCGUGCGGAACCUUUACCGAGCCAUGUGCCACGUUAACCAGUUUAUCAAAAGCUGUUUCCAGUGGGAAAGUGUGCAGAGGAGUAUCACUGCAUUUUUGGUUUUUGUUCUUACAGUGUGGUAUUGGGAUUUCUACAUGCUGCCUCUCUUCAUGGUCUUGCUAAUUGCUUGGAACUAUCUGCAUAUCGCCUCUGAGAGAGUCAGCAAAGAUCUAGACACCAUGGAGCUAUAUGAAGAGGAAGACGAGGAUGAAAAGGAAUCUGAAAGAAAAGGUCUGAUGGAGAAAUUCCACAUGGUUCAGGAGAUUAUCAUUGCGGUUCAGAACUUUCUGGAGCAGACUGCAUGCUUCGGUGAAAGAAUAAAGAAUACAUUCAACUGGUCAGUGCCUUUCCUGUCCAGUCUGGCCUUCCUGGUUCUCAUCAUGGCUACAGUCAUCACUUACCUCAUUUCAGUACGCUACAUUAUUUUAUUAUGGGGUAUACAUAAAUUCACAAAGAAACUACGGAAUCCAUACGGCAUUGAUAACAGUGAGGUUAUGGACUUCCUUUCCAGAGUUCCUUCAGAUGUCCAAAUGGCACAGUACACGGAGCUGAGCAGCUGUAGUGUACACAGUCCUUCCAGGAGAAGGAGGGCAUCUCCAUAGACACAAAUGAGAACGGUCUCCUGAGACUUUCUGUGUGAAAAACCCUUGGAGUUGCAUUUGAAGAACAUGCCUGGAGUUGUUCAGAACUUUACAAAAAGUGGAUUGCUGAUCCGCAUAUUUUAGUACAAAUUAGAUUCUGUUUGAGUGAAUGCAUUUCAUCCAUGCUGGUGGUCCAUAUAUCAUGAGAUGGGUCUGGCAUUACCACUGGGCCAUGCUCAAGGAAGGUGCAUCUUGGUUGAUGACAUACUUUAGAUACAGUUGAAGGCAGAAAUUUACAUACACUUACUGAAGUCAUUAAAACUCAUUUAACCACUCCACAGAUUUCAUAUUAGCAAACUAUAGUUUUGGCAAGUCAUUUAAGACAUCUACUUUGUGCUUGACACAAGAAUUUUUUUCAAACAGUUGUUUACAGACAGAUUGCUUCACUUUUUUAACUGACUAUAUAACAAUUCCAGUGGGUCAGAAGUUUUCAUUCACUAAGUUAACUGUGCCUUUAAGCAGCUUGUAAAAUUCCAGAAUAUUAUAUCAAGCAUUUAGGCAAUUAGCCAAUUAACUAAUGAUAGAAUAAUUGCCUAAUUGGAGUCAAUUAGGGGUGUACCUGUGGAUGUAUUUUAAGGCCUACCUUCAAACUCAGUGCCUCUUUGCUUGACAACAUGGGAAAAUCAAAAGAAAUCUGCCAAGACCUCAGAAAAAAAUUGUGGACCUCCACAAGUCUGGUUCAUCCAUGGGAGCAAUUUCCAAAUGCCUGAAGGUACCAUGUUCAUCUGCACAAACAACAGUAUGCAAGUAUAAACACCAUGGAACCACACAGCCAUCAUACUGCUCAGGAAGGAGACGCAUUCUGUCUCCUAAAGAUGAACAUAGUUUGGUGCAAAAGUGCAAAUCAUUCCCAGAACAACAGCAAAGGACCUUGUGAAUAUGCUAGAGGAAACCGGUAGACAAGUAUCUAUAUCCACAGUAAAACGAGUCCUAUAUCGACAUAUCCUGAAAGGCUGCUCAGCAAGGAAGAAGCCAAUGGUCCAAAACAGAACUGAAAAAGCAUGUGUGAGCAAAGAGGCCUAAAACCUGACUCCGUUACACCAGUUCUGUCUGGAGGAAAGGGCCAGAAUUCCAGCAACUUAUUGUGAGAAGCUUGUGGAAACCCAAAAGGUUUGACCCAAGUUAAACUAUUUAAAGGCAAUGCUACCAAAUACUAAUUGUGUGUAAACUUCUGACCCACUGGGAAUGUGAUGAAAGAAAUAAAAGCUGAAAUAAAUAACUCCCUGUACUAUUAAUCUGAUAUUAGACAUUCUUAAAAUAAAGUAGUGAUCCUAAAUAACCUAAGACAUGGAAUGUUUUCUAUGAUUGAAUGUCAGGAAUUGUGAUAAACUUCUGGCUUCAGCUCUAGUCAGCCUGUUGCAUUCAGGGAUGAACAAACUC